UGUAUUUUCUUUCCUUAUGCAGUCAUUGAGACUUAAUUCUGGUAAUUUUUCCUUUUAUGAAACGUAAUGUUUCAAUAUGGUGAUCCUUUUUUUUCUUACAGUAAGCAGCGACAUGGAAGGUCAACAGUUCUGUUUGCGGUGGCAUAAUUUUCAAAAUACUCUCUUAAGCUCGUUGCCAAAGUUGCUCGAUGGUGGUUAUCUGACAGACGUUACGCUCAGCGCUGGUGGUAGACAUAUUCAUGCUCACAGAAUUAUACUCUCUGCUUGUAGUUAUUACUUUAAAGAACUGUUUAAGGACUUAAGCGCCUUGCAACAUCCGGUCAUUGUGCUGCCAGGCAUGGAAUAUGCAAAUCUGUGUGCUCUGGUCAAGUUUAUGUAUAAUGGAGAAGUGAAUAUUUAUCAAGAACAAUUGCCUGCACUUUUAGCUAUGGCUGAUACAUUGCACAUUUGUGGACUAGCUGACAUGGCUGGGAAAAAUUCGAGACAGGAUAACGACGUUUAUGUACAGUCGCCAGUAAUGCAACCUCAGGAAAGACUAAACGAAGAGAUAGUAAAAACAGAGAAAGAUAAUGUAAUAGCUCCUGGAUCGUCAGAAUCUGUAUCAUUGCCUAAAGUAAUGGACAAUUUAGAGGAUGAGGAGUCUAACAAUGAUCAAGAAAGUAUACCGUAUUGCGUGAAGACGAAGCCCUAUUAUUCUAUAAAUGCGAAGUUAAACCAAAGGGAAAAAACGUCUGUUCCUGUUAAUGUAUCUACUAAUAAGUAUAUCGAUAGAGGCUAUUCGGAAAACAUAGUAGACGAGACAACGUCGAUCAUGGAAGAUCAAGUCACUACAGAAGAUUUAAAACCACCAUCAGCCGUGUGGGAUGCAAGUUUCAAAUUGCUUGCGGCGUCUACACCUAGUAGAACUUCUCAGAGUUACAACAAAUCCAGUGUCACUUGUCUUAUUUGUGGUAAACAAUUAAGUAAUCAGUAUAAUUUGCGAGUACACAUGGAGACGCAUAGUAAUAGCUCGUACAGCUGCACAUCGUGUUCACAUGUAUCGCGAUCACGAGAUGCUCUCAGGAAACAUGUAUCCUACAGGCACCCAGUAGCUUCUCCUCAAAAACGUCCACGAUAUAGUACGUCAAAACCAUCGAUAAUAUGAUGAUAAAGUCACUAUUGUGUUAUUCUAUAUAGACAUU